GUGAUAUAAAUUGAAGUUAGAACCAAAAACCCGUCGUCACACACGUACGCCCCCACUCGCUCUAAGCUCGGGACCUCAGCUCUCUCACUUUUCUCAAGAGCCGUCAUUCCAGAGAGAGAUGCAGAGUCUGGCUAUUCGUUAAAUUAAUAAAGCAAAAUUAAGAUCCGACCCGGCACCCGAUUGAUUGCCGGAGAAUCCGAGAUCUUUUUAAUUCACAGAGUUGAUUAAUUAGGGUUCUCUUUUGGUGAUUGAACGAUGGCAUCGGAGGAUGUGAAGACGAGCGAAUCGGCUGUGACUACCAUUGUCAAUUUGGCGGAGGAAGCUAAGCUUGCUAGAGAAGGAGUCAAAGCUCCUAGCCAUGCAAUUCUCAGUAUCUGCAAGUCUCUUGUCGCCGGUGGUGUAGCUGGUGGAGUGUCUCGCACUGCUGUUGCUCCCCUGGAGAGGUUGAAAAUAUUGCUACAGGUUCAAAAUCCACACAACAUAAAAUACAAUGGAACAAUUCAAGGGUUAAAAUACAUAUGGAGAACUGAGGGUUUUCGUGGAUUGUUCAAAGGAAACGGUACCAACUGUGCUCGUAUAGUCCCAAAUUCAGCAGUCAAGUUCUUCAGCUAUGAGCAAGCUUCUAAGGGAAUAUUGUCUCUCUAUCAACAGCAAACUGGCAACGAGGAUGCUCAGCUCACUCCUCUUUUACGCCUUGGAGCUGGAGCAUGUGCAGGAAUUAUAGCCAUGUCUGCAACUUAUCCCAUGGAUAUGGUACGCGGCAGGCUAACUGUACAGACUGAUAAAUCUCCUUAUCAAUACAGAGGAAUGUUUCACGCACUUUCAACCGUGCUCCGGCAAGAAGGCCCACGGGCUCUGUACAAGGGCUGGCUUCCUUCUGUCAUUGGAGUUGUUCCAUAUGUGGGUCUCAACUUUGCAGUGUAUGAAUCUCUAAAGGACUGGUUGGUUAAAGCUAGACCAUUUGGACUAGUGGAAGAUUCUGAAUUGAGUGUGACUACAAGGCUAGCUUGUGGGGCUGCUGCGGGGACCAUUGGCCAAACUGUUGCUUAUCCUCUUGAUGUUAUUCGCCGACGGAUGCAAAUGGUGGGAUGGAAAGAUGCUGCUUCCAUUGUCACUGGUGAUGGGAGGAGCAAGGCCCCACUUGAGUAUAAUGGCAUGAUUGACACAUUCAGGAAAACUGUUCGGCAUGAGGGCUUUGGAGCAUUAUACAAGGGUUUGGUACCCAAUUCAGUGAAGGUAGUCCCAUCUAUAGCAAUUGCAUUUGUGACAUACGAGAUGGUGAAAGACGUUUUAGGAGUUGAAAUCAGAAUAUCAGACUAAAGUCUUGGGGUCCUGCCUGAUAUUUGUUGAACCAGUGUGGUAUUUUUGUAGGCAAGGGCAUACAGAGAAGGUAAACUAGGAAUUUUUUUUUCAGCUCUCUUACAAACAAGCGAGUUUAGAAACAUGUAUGAACCUGUGUUUAUGUAUCAUUUUCCCUCCUUUCCUUUCUUUGUUUCCUUGAGAACAAGCUUAGCCUUGAGCUUCUCAUUCAUAUGAUGUGUCAAUAAAGCAUGUUGAUGGGACAA